GCUGCGAACUUUUAGCCCCGUGGGCUGUUGGACAGCUGCUGGCCUGCCUUUGACGGACAUCAGAUUGUAGGCUAACUGCUACAGCGCCCCGUUGUUCUCGCUGAGGAUGUUGGCUACAAAAGGAGGCAGCCAGUGGCGCACAAGUCCCGCCUGUAUUUCCCUCUGGAGGAGUCUCGGUAUCGGCGCCCCCGACUGGGGAUUGGAGCGGCGACUUGUCAGUAAAUUAGCCCACCCUUCACAGUGUUUGUGAGGGAAACUGAGACAGUGACGGUCUGAUCCCUCGCUUAUCAGCUGCCUGUCACACCAGCACGCUAAGACACCGACCCGCAGCCAUCCGCCGCGCUGUGACACCUGGCCGGUAUGGAAGGAGAGAUGCAGCCCGCAGAUGAAGGGCCGUGCGCCCCGAAGAUGUGCCGACAGCAGCGAGGUCCGUACAGCACCCUAAAAACCUUCCAGAGCAAGCGCUCUGCGGGCAAGUCGCGCUUUGACCGGUCCGCUGUGGUCGAGAUGCCCCUGUUUGGAGACGGGCAUCAUUUCACUUUUCACCCCGAACAGCCUCAUCCUUUCCAGCCGCACCAUCAUCAGCAACAGCGUCUGCAGCAGCAGCAGCUCCACCAAACCGGCGUUUCUAUCAGCAGCAGCCAGCAGCAUCACCGGACGACUCAGCAGCAGCAGCAACGUUUCCCAUGUGAGACCAGGCCCAGCAGCAGGGUUCCGACAUCCACCUCAGCGGCAGCAUCUCUCGGUAGCCAGCAGCGGCACGGCAGCAGCGGCGGAGCAGAGCCCAGAUUUUCUCCGGACUGCACCUACGGUAUCAGCACAGAGAACCGUCUCAUCUUAGAUGCCUUCGCCCAGCAGUGCAGCCGAGUCCUCAGCCUCCUCAACAACGGGCGUCUCCUGGAGCCCUCCUCCUCCUCCUCCUCCAUCACCUCUAACAUUAAGCUGGAAGACGGGCCAGGGGACACUCAGGGGCUUCAUUGCUCCUCACAGGGGAAGUCUAAAUCCGAGGAGAGCUCUUCCACCACAGACCCUGAGGAGGAGGCUCAACAAAGCCAUUUGAACCAACAACAGACCUCUGCAGUUCUCCGCAUCUUCACAGACUCCCUGCAGAACUAUCUGCUCUCAGGACCUCAACAACAGCACCAGCAGCAGCAACAUCUGUCUGCUAGUCUGGAGGACGAGCAGUGCCCGGCACCUGAGUCUGGUUCAGGAGUGUCUCCUCCAAGACACAACCUGGGAGGAUGGGGCUCCCCGACUCCAUCAGAAUCAUACGGCCACCCCUCGUCCACGCUGCCUGAGGAGGAGGAGGAGGAGAACUGCUGUCCUCGCUGCCUGGAAUUAGAGCAGGAGGUGUUGUCUCUGCAGCAGGAGAACGAGGAGCUCCGCAACAAGUUGGAGAACAUCCCAGUUCCCUGUCAAAAUGUUCUUGACUACUUCAAGACUGUUCUCGAGUUCCACAACCAGCUGGCCCAGCCGAUGCCAGAGGAGCAGCUCACAGAGGAAGAAGAGCGGCAAACAGUCUUUGAGGGCAGUAAACAGCUCCUGGAGAACUAUCCGCUCUUCAUCACCAAUAAGCAGUGGGACGAAGCUGUCAACUCCUCUAAGAAAGAUGGCAGACGGCUGCUGCGCUAUCUGAUUCGCUAUGUCUUCACCACAGAUGAGCUCAAGUUCUCCUGUGGUUUAGGCAAAAGGAAGCGGUCAGUCCACUCAGGAGAGGCAGGCCUGGAAAGACGACCGCUCAACCCUGUUAAAGUCAGCUGCCUCAGAGAGUUUAUCCGGAUGCACUGUGCUUCAAACCCAGACUGGUGGAUGCCCUCUGAGGAGCAGAUCAACAAAGUGUUCAGCGAUGCCGUCGGUCACGCUCGUCAGGGCCGAGCAGUCGGCACCUUUUUGGGCAGCAGCGGCAGCAGCACCAGCAGCCUGUACAUGGACGGCUUUGACGGACAUCUUUCACAGGAUGAACUGUAUUUAAAAAGCUGCCAGAACGGUCAGUUGGAUUGAAGUUUAAGGAGAAGUUAAAGACAAAUGCCUGAAAUGUAGCUGUACAACAACAUAUCCCAAAACUCUGACCUUGUCACUUUACACAGUGAAGAAAACAUUCCAGAAGACGUUUAACAUAUAGACUACAGUCCUCCUUUUCAAAUAGUUUUAUAGUUUUCCCCAUUUUUAUACCUAAACCCUUUGUUUAGUGAAAAUUGGACUCUUGGAGGUUUUAAAUUGAACAGGUUGAGUCUUCCAUAUGCUCCUUUUUUAAAGUUUGAGCAGUUACAUCACUGCCAGUGGAAAGAAGUCACUUCAAGGAGGCUGAUUUCUUUUUCUUUUCUUUGUUUUUACUUGUUUUUUUACAAUCUACAUGUGCAUUUAGAGUUCAUAUGGAAGUUAUUUAUGUUAAUGACCCAGUUAGAGACUUGUAUGUAUGUACCAUUGACACCACUUAUAAACUUUACCAUGGAAAGUAGCACUUAAUAUAUAUUUUUUGUCACUGGUGAAGCACCUUUACUUGCAGCCCUUCAACAGGAGUGCCUCUGAGAAAAUCAUGUUUUGUUAUUUGUAGUUUUGCACUUUGAAUCUCUUUAUUUUUCCCUCAUUUAAUGGAAGGAAAAGUGCAUUUAAAAAGAGAAAAGUUUGUGAAAUGACUUUGAAUCCAGCCUCCUUUGGCUGGAAAAUGUUUCAGUCAAUGCUGCGUUGCUCCUAAUCUUCAUGUUAGGAAGAAUAUCGCAAGUUAAUCAAAAGCACUAUAUUGGAAAUUGCUAAAAUGUAAAAAGUCAGUUUGGUUUUGACCCAACUUCCAUUUUUGGCUUGUAAGAAUUCCUCACGUCUGCAGAGGACACAUGACAUUUCUUGUUUGAAUUACUGUGUGUAGCAGUGAUAUAAUACUGAUGUUUUUUCCACAUAAUAAACAAAAAUUGCAGAUUUAAGGAAAAAAUGGAAGCCUGGGAAAUGUUAAUCAGGCUGUAUCUUUUUAUUUGAAUGUUUGCAUUUUUUACAUCAAUGUUUUUUUUCCUUUGCAUUCUGAAAAUUUGGAAUUCAGCUAAAAGAGAAUUUGCGGUAUUUCGCGAGCAUUCCCUUAUUACAGUGUUGCCGUACUCGAGCAUUUCAUGUCGGCAUUGAUCAAGACAUCUGGUUUAAGGCAGCUGCCAUAUAAUAAUGCCUUAAACUCGUUUGGAGACCACCACAGUGUAAAGUGUUAAAGAUGUGUGUCAGAAAUCCUGUAAUGUGUUUCGUUUGUGUGUCGGUCUAAAGUUUCUUUAAACGUCAAUCCAAGUGGAAAAAAUGUGAUCACUUCAUCGUUUUCCUGCAACUUCUCCAAUUUGCACCUUUAAGUGUCUUACUGUAGGCAAGGCAAUCCUAAAGUGAGAAGUCCACGUGCAGGAUUCAACCACUUUUAUUCUUUUGUGCUUACUUGACGCUCAUUGACUUCACCUCAUGACACUGUUUUCUGCGUUUGAAUGUACCAGAUUUCUUAGGUCAGUCCGCCAAGUUGACAGUGCUGUGUAAAUGUGUAAUAUAAAGUACAGUUAUUGUGUGAGGUGUCUUUGAAAUACCACUUCUCCCUCUUUAAAAAGCCAAGUAGAAAAGUGCCACAGAAACCUUAAACCAGUCGGAUUCUGUUGUUGUGUUGCUGUUCUGAAUGUGAGCGUUGGUUUGUAUUUACUCCUUUACCCUCAAAGUGGCUGUUAUCAACACUGUGAAACAUCAGUUGGGUUUUUACAGAUAUAGUUUCUGUUGUUUUUUAUUUAUAAUAAAUAAAAUAAUACCUGAAUCCUAUCUCUCUAUGAAACAGUAUUAUCUUUGUGACAUUAAAGUUUGUCAAAUCCA